GAGAUUUGAUGAAAAAGAUUUGAAAUAUAAUCUCUAAUGAUCUAUUUGAGGCAUUGGAAUCAGCUGAACGGCUUGGUUACCCAGUUAACGUUCGUGCUCUUCUUCCACUUGGUGGUCAUAAAUCAGGUUUUGCCGAUGAUCGUAAAAAAUUAAUUGAUUUUGUUACUUCAGUCUUCUCUCAUUUAUCAAAAUUAGAAUUAAUAAUUGAUAAAUCACUUAAUGGUUGGAAAAAGAUUGCAUAUGAAGUUGUUCGAGAUCUAUAUGAUAAUUGUAUUGUCGUAUGUAAUAUGGAAAAUAUUGAUCCAUUAUCACUUCGUACUGGUGAAUCAAUUGUUGUUGCACCAAGUCAAACAUUAUCAAGUGAUGAAUAUAAUUUAUUACGAAGUGUAUCAAUUAAAAUUGUUCGUUAUUUGUGUAUUGUUGGUACAUGUAAUGUACAAUUUGCAUUAAAUCCAUUAUGUAUUGAAUAUUAUAUAAUUAAAGUAACUUCAGGAUUAUCUUGUUCAUCUACAUUUGUAUCAAAAGCAACUGGUUAUCCAUUAGGAUAUAUAACAGCUAAACUUGCACUUGGAAUGAGUUUAGUUACAUUAAAAAAUAGUAUUACAAAUCAAACAUGUGCUUGGUUAGAACCAAGUCUUGACUAUGUGACAAUUAGAGUUCCGAAAUUGGAAAUAAAAAAUUUUAUUCGACGUUCAGAUGGAAGUGAAAUUUCUAGUAAGUGA